AUGUCGAAUACGACGAAAAAAACUGUUGCCGUUAUUGGUGCUGGUGUUUCAGGUCUUGUUUCGGCUGUUCAAAUGCAUCGAGUUGGGAUUCAACCGGUGAUAUUCGAAAAAGCAUCGAAUGUUGGCGGAAUGUGGAAUUCGGACGAAAGACCAUGUUGGAAAUCAAUGCGAACGAAUAUUUCGAAAUUUACUACAGCAUUAUCAGAUCAUUCUUGGCCAAGAAAUACUUCAUUAUUUCCCAGUCAACCAGAGGUCUAUUCAUAUUUAUUGGAUUAUGCUAAACAAUCGUUACCCGAGGAUAUUUUUCGUUUUAAUACCAAAGUAAAUAAGAUUACUCGCUCUGAUAAUACGUGGAUAGUUCAAUCUUCUACUGAAGAUGGUUACAUUUCAUCGGAACAAUUCGAUUUUGUUAUUAUUGCUUCAGGCUUCUUCGAUUUGCCAUAUACAUUAGCGAAAAUCUCGAAUUUAUCAUCAUUUCCCGGCACAAUAAUGCACAGUUCGGAUUAUCGUUCAUCAGAUCAAGUUCGAGACAAACGUGUAUUUGUCGUGGGAGGAUCAAUGAGCGCCGUAGAUAUCGCUGCUGAUAUGGCAACGAAUGCCAAACAUAUUAUUCAUAUAUCUCCACAUAGUUUUUGGGUGUUACCACGUGUGAUUCCAAUAAAACCUUCAGAUCGUGUUUCGCCUUUUCUUCCAAUUGAUUUGGUUUCUAACCGUCGAUCAAUACGAACAUCCAAUGAAGAAACUGUCAUCCGAACAAAGGAUCAAAAUCGAAUCGUCAAUGAAAAAUUACGAUUAAUUACUGGACAUGUCCAAACAUCUUCGAUGUUGAGCGAUGCAAACGACGAAAAUCCAGCGUUUACUACGAUUUCAGACAUGUAUACUCCAUGGACUCUUGCUCCCAUUCACACAGCGCCGCCGAUCAGCGAACAUCCUGAUUGGAUAUCUUCAUUAAAAUUAAACAAUGGAAAAAUAUUCCCAACAACGUGCGAUGACGUUCUUGUUUUAUGCACAGGUUAUCGACCGUGCUUGGAUUAUUUCUCUGAAGAUAUUCUUGAAAAUUUAUCGUACAGACCAGACGAUCCGUUUUGUCCGUUAAUUCUCCAUCGUAGUGUGUUUCAUCCGACACUACCGAAUCUUGCUUUUAUUGGUAUGUAUCGUGGUGUCUAUUGGGCUGUCGCUGAAUUACAAGCUCGGUGGGUUGCGUCGAUAUUUGCUGGUCUUUUACCGUCUCCUUCGAUAGCUGCACAACAAAUCGGACUUGAAGUAGAACGAACCGUGCGUGCUCAACAUCCUCGACCACAGUUUCCACAUAGUGAUUACGUCGGUUUGAUUAACGAUCUAGCCAAAGAAAUUCUUCUUACGAAUUCCGGUGAUAUUGUCAUUCCAGCACAAUACUGUCCGACUCGCCCUGAUCAAUCUGUCAUUGAUGAAAUGAAUAACUUAUGUGAAGAAGCUAAUUCUGGUCGGUUUAUUGCUGGCACUGUGUUUCGAGCUCUCCACAAUACCAAAUGGGCCUUCGAACGAACUCUAGUGGGAAAACCAUCUGACGGAACAGUUCGUGGCCAAGCUGAAUUUCUGUUUUCCUCACCAAACGAAUUGCUUUAUAAAGAACAAGGAAAGCUAACAUUAUCAUCGCAGAUCCCUUUAGACAUAACCCAAAAGUAUAUUUAUUCUUAUGAUGAAGAAAAAGAUUUGCUAACCGUAUAUUUCGUCAAUGAAAACAACCAACUCGGUUCCCUUUUUCACACAAUUCACUUUCAACCCAAAGAAAACUCAUCAAACGGCUGGGUAGCGAACGGUGAACAUCUAUGCAGUCAGGAUCAUUAUUCUACUUCAUACUUAUUUGCACUCAACGGAGUUAAUCUCUCCGAAUUCGAAAUAACAUAUACAGUCAAAGGUCCAGCUAAAGAUUAUGUGUCAAAAACUGUUUUUCAACCAAUAAAAGAUCAUGUUUGA